AUGACUACUGCCAUGAAUCCCAGUCCUAGGACUACAAGAUCUUCUUCUCGUAGAAGUAACCGCAUCAACUACAAGGAGAAAGCGGAUAAUGAUUUCAGCCCUGAUGUCUUGGCAUCCGAUGACGAUGACGAUGACACCACGAUUAAUAAAGACGAAAGUCUGGCACCCAUAUGGCUGCAUGAUGACAUGAAUGCCAACGAUGAUGUGGAACUCGAUUCUGAUGCUGGCGACAAUAACGAUGACUUACAGCUAGAAGAUUUGUUGGAUCAUAAUAAGAAAUCUGGUAAGGAAUCGAACGAUGAAUCAAAUGAAGAUUCUGAUUUAAAUGAACAAGAUAGUAAAACAGUAUCUUUAAAAUUAAAAAAAUUGAAUGAGUUUGUCAAACAGAGUCAGGUAUACUCAAGUAUUAUUGCGGAUACUUUGUUGAAGAGAACUACAGAGCUACAAAAUAAUGUUUCAAAUGACAAGCAAGUAAAGAAAGAAGAAGAGCCUCCAUUGAAAAAACAAAAGAAAUCAAAACCAAGAGGAUCCAUCCUAGAUUUCUUCAGGAAGAAAGAAGAGAAGGAAAUAAAAGAUGAAGAAGAAAAUGCAACACAGAUGGAUGACGUUACAAUAUCACAAGAACAACCAAGCAUGUUGAAAAACUGUGUAUUGAAACCUUAUCAACUGGAGGGUUUAAAUUGGUUAAUUACUCUGUAUGAAAACGGAUUAAAUGGUAUCCUUGCUGAUGAUAUGGGAUUGGGUAAAACAAUCCAAAGUAUAGCAUUAUUGGCCUUUAUUUAUGAAAUGGAUACUAAAGGUCCCUUCUUAAUUGCUGCUCCAUUAAGUACUGUGGAUAACUGGAUGAAUGAAUUCGAAAAAUUUGCACCAGACUUACCUGUAUUAAAAUAUUAUCACCCUGGUGGUAAAAAUGAACGAAACAAACUGAUGAGAAAUUUCUUCAAAAAGACCAAUGGAACUGGUAUUGUAGUUACAUCCUAUGAAAUAAUUAUUAGAGAUGCGGAUUAUAUUAUGUCAAAACAAUGGAAAUUUUUAAUUGUUGACGAAGGUCAUCGUUUGAAAAAUGUAAAUUGUCGAUUAAUUCAAGAGUUGAAGCGUAUAAAUACCUCAAACAGGUUACUCUUGACUGGUACACCACUACAAAAUAAUCUAGCGGAGUUAUGGUCCCUUUUAAACUUUAUUAUGCCUGAUAUAUUCACGGAUUUUGAGAUAUUCAAUAAAUGGUUUGAUUUUAAAGAUUUAGAAAUGGAAAGCAAUUCUAGUAAAUUGAAUAAAGUAAUUAAUGAAGAAUUGCAAAAGAAUUUAAUAUCGAAUUUACAUACCAUUUUAAAACCAUUUUUGUUGAGGAGAUUAAAGAAAACAGUAUUGGCCAAUAUCUUGCCACCAAAGAGGGAGUACGUUGUUAAUUGUCCUCUAACGCCUAUUCAAAAGAAAUUCUAUAAAAGAGGUCUUGAAGGUAAAUUAAAGAAAACGAUAUUUAAAGAAUAUGUUAAGGCUUUUUUUACUUUGAAUUCUGAUUACAUUGGUUCUGUGUCGAAUAAAUCUAUACGAGAAUUCAUCGAUUACAAAUUACACGAAGGUGAAACUGAUAGUGAUGGACAGAUACAAUUGAAUGACACUUUACAAAAAAUGGACACCUUAUUUAUGGAAUACAUUCACAAAGAAAUAGCAAAUAAGAGAUUACAAAAUAUGAUGAUGCAAUUGCGUCAAAUUGUAGAUUCCACUUUAAUUUUCUAUUUUCCAUAUCUACGUCCCGAAGACUUAACUUUACAGGAAUUAUUGGAAUCCUCAGGCAAAUUAAAAACUUUGCAGAGAUUAGUGAUACCAUUGAUCGCUAAAGGUCAUAAAAUAUUAAUAUUUUCACAAUUCGUUAAUAUGCUGGAUCUAUUGGAAGAUUGGUGCGAUUUGAAUUCUCUGGCUGCAUUUAGAAUUGAUGGUACAAUUGAUAAUGAAUCUAGAAAAGAGCAACUUUCGAAAUUCAAUGAUAAGAAGAAUAAGCACAUGGUAUUUUUAUUAUCUACUAGAGCUGCUGGAUUGGGGGUGAAUCUAGUCGGUGCUGACACGGUUGUUCUCUUUGAUAGUGAUUGGAACCCACAAGUCGAUUUACAAGCGAUGGACCGUUGCCAUCGAAUUGGUCAAACAAAGCCUGUUAUUGUGUAUAGAUUUUGUUGUGAUAAUACGUUAGAACAUGUGAUUCUUACCAGAGCGGCAAAUAAAAGGAAGCUGGAACGAUUAGUCAUUCAAAUGGGUAAGUUUAAUACUCUGAAAAAGUUAGCACUCAAUGAAGGAUCCUUUUUGAUGCAAUCUAAAGGGGACCAUAAUACUAAGCCUUCAAAUAAAGAACUUGUUCAAGAACUUUCUCAAUUGUUGCUGAGCCAUGGAUCAAGUAUUGGCUUUCAAACUGGAAAUGGGAUUGGUGACGAAUUGACUGAUGAAGAAAUAAGGGAAUUGACUGAUCGUUCGUUAGAAGCCUAUAAACCCAAUAGAGAUGUUGAACUACCGCACGUCAGAUUAUUUGAAACUACGUCAGGUGGGUUUUAA